AGGAGGGUAGCUCUCUGUGACGCUUAUUUUUUUCUUUUGGCGCCUAAGAGGGUCACUUGUUUAAUAAUCUUUAAUUUCUGCCAUUGGUCGCACUGCAACACAUUUAUUGAGAGCGUUAUCGGCCACCUGGUUAAAGUAUAUUUCAUUAUCUCUUCAUGCCUCUCUCUGCAGAGGAUCUGUUCUCGCUGAUAGUGGUGUCCUUUCUUUGGGGAGCCACUAACCCAUUUUUGCGGAAGGGUGCUGAGGGAUUGGAGGGUGUUAAGGAGGAAAGGAGCCUCAAGCAGCUAUUAUCUGAAGCCAGUUUCUUAAUCAGCAAUUGGAGGUAUGUGAUCCCAUUCUUGCUGAACCAGAGUGGUUCAGUGAUAUUCUACCUCACGUUGGCUUCAGCUGAGUUGUCAAUGGCUGUACCAAUCUGUAAUUCACUGGCACUGGUCUUCACAAUGGUCACUGGGAAGGUUCUGGGAGAGAAUAUCGGUGGCGGAAGAGCUGUUCUUGGAUUGUUCCUCACCACUCUGGGAAUCUCCAUCUGUGUGGCAAGUUCUGUCAAUGACUGAGAAUUCUAGACCACUUGCAAAUCUUUAUUUUUUGUGUGCAAAAAUACAUUUUGU